AUGGCCUGUGAUCAGGGCCCACAGCAGCCCCAGCCCAUGUCUACAGGAGCCACCGCCACCGCCACAGUGGACCCCCCUGGGAACAAUCAUGGCUCUGUGGAGGGUGACCUGGAGUGCCUGGUGUGUCGGGAGUGCUACACCUGUGCCCGGUGGCCCAAGCUGCUGGGCUGCCAGCACGCCUUCUGCACAGUCUGCCUGAAGCUCCUGCUAUGUGUGCAGGACGACAUCUGGUCCAUCACCUGCCCGUUGUGCCGCAUGGUCACCGCUGUCCCCGGGGGUCUCAUCUGCAGCCUGCAGGACCAGGAGGUGGUAGUGGGGCGGCUGGCCCAGCCACGCCCGGAGGUGCAGCUCUGUCCUCAGGGGUUGGUGGAUCCUGCCACCUCAGCCACAGUGUACCCCAACUUGGCAGGAGGGAAUGGGCAGGACACGGUGAGUGCCAACCGCGUGGCAGCCCGGCGCCUGGCCGCACACCUGUUCCUGCUGGUCUUGCUCAUUGUCCUCAUCCUGCCCUUCAUCUACCCGGGUGUCAUCAGGUGGCUGCUCUCCUUCAUCCUCGCCCUGGCCCUGCUGAUGUCCAUCCUCUUCUGCUGCCACCCCAGCAGCCAGGGCAGCCGCCAGUCCUGGUCCAGGACUCUCUUCUGCAGAGAGCAGAAACCCAGCCAGAUCUCUUCCAUUGCCUGA